GUGUAUUUUGUCCUUACUAGGGAACCGUAGGCAUUUGUAUCAUUCUCCACUACGACCUGUGGUUUGUGCUAUCUGACGUGAGAUAAGCACCGGUGGAAAGCUAGCAGUCUGAACUAUGGAGCAGAUACAUGAUAUCCAGGUCGUUCCGUGCACCAACUCCAAUUAUCUGAAACCAUUCAGGGUGCACUAUAACCAGAAUGGGACAAAGAAAUCGUGGGACUUCAUGCGAACUCAUGACAGUGUUUCGGUGCUGAUCUUCAACACCACCUCACACUGCUUCAUCUUGGUCAAGCAGUUCCGCCCAGCCGUGUACAUGUGUGAGUGGGAGAGGACCAAGGAGCCAGCCGUGCAGGCAGCGGCGGGGGAGGAGGAAGGGGCUGCGGCUGCAGCCACUGCUAUCCCGGAGACUCCCAUCGGCGAGACUCCCCAGGAGGAGGCUGUUGCUACGUCUGGGGGCGUCAAGACCCACCAGCCCCCGGGCUCGGCGGGUAUGACCUACGAGCUGUGUGCAGGCCUGGUGGACAAGGCCGACCUGUUGCUGGAGGAGAUUGCCAGGCAGGAGGUGCUGGAGGAGUGUGGCUACGACGUGCCAGUCGCCAAGCUGCGGAGGAUCACCUCGUACAGCUCCGGCGAAGGUGUGACAGGAGCCAAGCAGACCAUGUUCUACGCCGAGGUGUCGGACGAGAACCGCGUGGGCGAGGGCGGAGGCUUGCCUCAGGAGGGGGAGAUGAUCGAAGUGGUCAAAGUGCCCCUCCAUGAGGCCAUGACCUUUGCCUAUGACGAGAGCAUCCCCAAGACCAUGGGCGUCAUCUUCAGCUUCAUCUGGUUCCACAACAACAUGUCGCCCAAGUACAAGAUCUCCACCAACGUGUAACCCACCCAACCCCGUCCUUGCACUCUUGAGCCUGAGGUAGAAGUUGCAGUUAACAACAGAUCUGUGAUCAGAAGACCCUAACCCCAAGCCUAAUCUUUGCUAUUAAGGGUAUGGAGAAAAAUAUCUGACCCUGUGUCAGUGGUUAGAGACAACUUCAAUCUUCUCCCAACACCUUGCCUCUGACCAUUUCCAUAUAAAAUGGCCCCGUGGCAACCAUUUUUGUCUUAUUACUAACCGUGUUCUUUUUUGGGGGUUUGUCAAAUUUUUGAUCUUAAUUACUUUUCCUCUAAAACUUGCCAUAUUCACUUUUUGUUGUUUGUAACCUUUUCCUCACAGAGGUCACGAAGAUGGCGACAUCAGUCUUGUUCAGAGCUGCUCGUCUGUAGUUGAUUUGAUCACGUUCCAGGAAUGCGAAAAUGUUGUUUCUUAUUCAGUGCCAGAGUUUAUCACAUAUGACGGUCGUUGCUGAGUCUGUUAAAUUGCCACAGCUGUUCCAGGCACGCCUUGCUUACUUUCUCUAUGAUCUACACAGCCUCAAAGCCAGUGUUUCCCAUUCUUGUGUCUUGGGGGGGGUGUAAUUGCUGGGCUAGAAAAAAAAUAUGGGUCCCCUCACGUCCAGGACUGGGAGACACUUCUCUAAGCAAUAGUUUGAUAGUUGGUUGUUUGAUCAUGUCUAGAAACAAAUCAACAUUUCAGUUUGCUUAGGCAUUUAGAUAUGUUGUAAGCAUUGCAUUGAAUCCAGGGCUGUCACUACAGUAGUGCGUGCUCUGAGGUCACAAGAUAUUGUACUUUUGAUAGAGGCUUCUUUUAACUACCACAGGAAUAUCACCUACCUCUACACUGAUAAGCUUUAUUUCAGUUACUAAUGUCACAAUACCAGUACCACAACACUCCGUAUCACAAUACUCAGAGGCAUUGUAAAAUCGUGAUACCACAAUACUCAUCACGAUAAUGCGAUAAUUCUGAGUAUCGUGAUACUGCGCAUUGUGAUAACACUAGUAAACACCAUAUGAUUAAUUGUGAUAUUGUGAGAACCUUCUGGUGGACAAUUGCUCUCACACUUAUACAUGUGUGUUAACAGGAAGGCUUCACCGAUACUGGCUGAGAACAACAGCGUUUUUAUAUGUCUCAGACAGUGUUUUAUUUUUUCCUAAUGAAGGAAAGUGAUGUCGAGCCCCUAUGAGCCUCCGUAGAAUGGAGCAGGGUCAAUGGGAGUUUUGUUUUGGGAAAUUGAAAACCUAGCUUGUAAUUUUAGCAUGCUACUUAACCCAGCUAUCUGGGAUAGCACCUUGAGCCCAUAGUGCUGUUUUGUGAUCCCUUUUUGUUUUUUAACCUGACGCAGGGGGAGAGUUUGGUUGAUAUCUUCUGUGUGGGGCUCGAAGGAAAAUGGUUGCUCUUUUUAACUUGGGCCAUGUCUCUCAGCUUCACAACAGUUUAAUCCUCCCUUUCCCCCAUGGCUGUUUUGGCCAGACCACUUCAAGACACCCAGAUUUCCACAGAAAUCAACAGCAGCAGCUAUUCAAGUCUAUAGUGGUUUGAAACUAGGGUUGCAAAACAUUCCCAGGUUUUUCAGUAAACCCGGAUGGAGGAUUCCAUCCUCAAUUAUUCCUUCCAGUUUUACUAGAAUUCUUUCAAGCGGCAUUUCUGAAAAAUUUAGGAAAUUGGGGAAAGGUUCCGGAAUUGUGCAAGAAAGAGCUUAAGACGACAAUCACAAAAUCACUUGCUUAACAUCUUAGGUCGAACCGUUUUCCCCCUCUCGAUGAGGUGACAUUCAGGGAUCCCCAUUCUGCACCUUUUAGCCAUAGGCUUUUUAACCCUUGGGUAUUGUGCUGAUGACAUAUGUCGUAACAUUUCUAUGUAGUUUGCCAAUAUCACAAACUGUCAAUGUCCUAAAUGGUUAA